AAAUCAAGAACAUACGCCCUGGAUUGUCCUCCGUGUGACAAAUCUGCCUGUCAACCUCACGGAAGAUGCGUUGCCGGAGUGGUUAAAGACGUUUGUGGUUGUUGUGACGUGUGUGCAAAGAAAAUUGGCGAAGAAUGUGGAGGACCCGACGAUAUGUAUGGCAAAUGUGCAAGUUGGAUGGCGUGUAUCAGGAGGCCACUCCCUCCUCCUGAAAACGUCGACAUUAAAAUUUGGCAUAAAAAUCAGAAAGGAAAAUGUUUUCCCUUAGAUAAUAAGUAAUUGUAAAUAAUCUUUGAAUAAACUACACAUGAUUCAAUCGAUAAGGUCUAUUUAUCAUACUGUGAAUGAAAAUUCAUUU